CUAUAACUUACCUUACACCGUGACCAUCAUGGCCCAGUCUCCCGAUAUCUCGACGCCAUUCACAAGGGAUUUCCCAGAGCUUGCUUAUUUAUCGUGUGUCUCUUCUUCUCGAGGAGGUCGAAGAUAACAAACCGUUCACUAGGCGAGAAGAUUUGGAGGACCUGCUAUCCGAUCAUACAUACUUCGAGGCUGUAUUUCAUUCCUUACCUCGCGUUAAGGCGAUGUACGACGCUCAAGCGGAGUUGGGUCGUGCAAACGACUCCAUCGCAAAGCAUAAUCUUGCAUUGCAGGACGGGUUAUACGCUUUGCGGUCAGAAACACAGACCGCUUUUGAUCAAGCCAAAGCUUUCGAAGCUCGUUGGAAGGAGGUCGAAAAAGAGCAGCGCGACGUUUACCAGCGAUAUACUCCACAGUUUCUCUUAAUGAGGCUCCGGCACAGCAUCACGGCGCAGGACGAUGCAUCCGAGGCUCUUGUCUCUGCUUUCAAUCAGCAAAAGCCUAACGCAGAUGGAUCCACGAAGGAUGCAGACGAAUUCAUCAAGGAGUUCAAGGAGAUGAGAAAAAUUUACCACAAACGUGCUAUGUGGGAUGACCGGUGGUCCCAAGGACGAGUAGAGUGGAAUGAUGAAUGAUGGAAAGGAUUCUUUUCUGCACAACGCAGUAUCGAUGCCUCAAUAGUUUCUGGUAGCUAUUCCUUGAUAACCUGGUCUUGGGAACAGGGCAUCUAUCCAUACAUGCCUCACAACUUACCAUUGCGUCAGGAGGUAUACGUGACAUCCCUAUGUGCGGGCAGCAACGCUAUCAUAGCCGCUGGUCUACCUGGUUCACGCACACAUCAAGAUCACGUUUGUCAUAGACAUCUUCGAAAGCAUUGUAACAUAUCUCCGUUCUAGAAAUACAACAUGAAACAGCAC